GAAACCGACGCUCUUCCCUCCCUCCCUCUUUCCAAACUCUCCUCCCCCUCUUCUGGUGUUUCAGCUCCUCCAACUCUCGACCGUUCGAUCAUUCGGCAUUAGAGGUUGCAUGGAUCAUGAAAAUGGAGUUGUGGCGGUGGAGAUGUUACCCAAGGAUUUCGAUCCGACGGCUGUGGUUACGGAGCCUCUGCCUCCGGUCGUAACCAGCACCUGCCGACUGCGAUCUCAUGGAAAAUUGGCUGAGGACCACAAAGGAACCCGGGAGAAACAGAUGGUGCUCGGCCGAAACGUGCACACCACUUGCCUCGCCGUGACGGAGCCUGAACCCAACGACGAGUUGACGGGCGAUAAGGACGCCUACAUGGCCAGCGUCCUCGCUCGCUACCGCAAAACCCUCGUCGAGAGGACCAAGCACCAUCUCGGUUAUCCGUACAAUUUGGACUUCGACUAUGGUGCUCUGGCGCAGCUUCAGCAUUUCUCCAUCAACAAUUUGGGUGAUCCGUUUAUCGAGAGCAACUAUGGUGUGCAUUCGAGGCAGUUCGAGGUCGGUGUUCUCGAUUGGUUUGCUCGGUUGUGGGAGAUUGAGAAGAAUGAGUAUUGGGGGUAUAUCACCAAUUGCGGCACGGAAGGCAAUCUUCAUGGAGUCUUAGUUGGGAGAGAAGUAUUUCCAGAUGGGAUUCUGUAUGCCUCUCGAGAAUCGCAUUAUUCAAUAUUUAAAGCGGCCAGAAUGUAUAGAAUGGAAUGUGAAAAGAUUGAUUGUCUGAUCUCUGGUGAGAUUGAUUGUGCGGAUUUUAAAACUAAACUUCUGGCUCACCAGGAUAAACCGGCCAUCAUCAACGUUAAUAUAGGAACAACUGUCAAAGGAGCUGUUGACGACUUGGAUCUUGUCAUAAAGACCCUUGAAGAAUGUGGCUUCAAGCAAGAUCGUUUCUACAUCCAUUGCGAUGGAGCAUUAUUUGGACUUAUGAUGCCUUUUGUCAAACUUGCACCAAAAGUUUCGUUCAAGAAGCCCAUUGGAAGUGUCAGCGUUUCUGGUCACAAGUUGGUGGGAUGUCCAAUGCCUUGUGGUGUUCAGAUAACAAGGCUGGAGCACAUUAAUGCUCUUUCAAGGAAUGUAGAAUACCUAGCUUCGAGGGAUGCGACAAUCAUGGGAAGCCGAAACGGUCAUGCUCCUAUUUUCUUAUGGUACACGCUUAACAAAAAGGGUUACACAGGGUUCCAAAAAGAAGUCCAGAAGUGUCUUAGAAAUGCUCACUACUUGAAGGGCCACCUCCGUGAUGCUGGAAUCAGUGCCAUGCUGAAUGAGCUAAGUAGCACGGUGGUGUUUGAGCGGCCUAAGGAUGAAGAGUUUGUUCGUAAGUGGCAGUUGGCUUGCCAAGGAAAUAUUGCACAUGUUGUGGUGAUGCCGAGUGUCAGUAUCGAAAAGUUGGACAAUUUCUUAAACGAACUAGUUGAAAAGCGCUCAACUUGGUACGAUGAGAAAGUUCAGCCUCCAUGUCUUGCAGCUGAUGUAGGAACUGAGAAUUGUUCCUGCAGGCAGCACAAGUGAUUAAAGUGUUUGCAUUGAGCUAUUGUAUUGUAGUUUUGAUUGAACUUCUGGAUCUCGUAGAUUGUAGUGUUUUGUUUCAAAGGGGUUCCUCCCCUGGCUCGUAGAACGCUUUACUAGUCAUAGCGGAUAUGAAAAUGAAAUUCCUGUAUCAGGGCAUUGCUUUUAUGUUGUUCAACCGUUACUUGACGCGUUAAGCAAGUGCUCUUUGUUGUGAAACCACUUUUUUAGGCACUAAAAAGAACUUCGGCAUCUUUCCUCUGCUA